UAUCCUUUUGUCUCUCACAACUAAUUCCUUUGCCCAUGUGGCUGGUGAACCUGGUUGAACAAAAUGUGUUGCACUUACAUGGGCAUAUUUUUCAGGCUGAACUUAGGGCAAAUGUCUUUGAGGCAAUUGAGGAGGAGGAUAGAGCAAUUGAAAAGGAUGAAGGCUUGCCUCCCUCUAUUAGGCAGCUGCAAUGAUCGUGCUAAACAUCUUCAUAAUUCUCCAUCAGGAAGGCUACUAACUGCACUUGUAUGUGAAUAUUUGGAUUGGGCUCAAUUAAACCAUACAUUGAAAGUUUAUUUGCCAGAGUGUAAUUUGCAAAAGGAUUUCUGGAAAUCUGAGUUAAAAGAAUUUAGUAGCAAGAAUGGAUAUGAUCUUAACAUGAAUGGAGACAGUGGCCCGUUACUUUUGGAUGUUCUUGAAGGAUUCUUGAAGUAUGAGGUGCGGUAUAAUACUCUGUAGAAUAUUUUAAACCACGUAAUAAUCAUUUCAAUGG